GGCUCCGGUUGGCGGGGUGCGAGGGGCCCGGGGCGGCCGGCGCGGCGGGGCGGGAUGGGGCUGAGCGCGGAGGAGGCGGCGGAGCAGGAGGAUCGCUUCGACGGCAUGUUGCUCGCCAUGGCCCAGCAGCACCAGGGCGGCGUGCGCGAGCUGGUGAACACCUUCUUUAGCUUCCUGAGGAGGAAAACUGAUUUUUUCACUGGUGGAGAAGAUGGAGUAGCAGAAAAGCUGAUCACAGAUACCUUCAACCAUCACAACAAGCUGGCUCAGAAGGAGAGGAAGGAGAAGAAGGCUCGUCAGGAGGCAGAGAAGAGGGAAAAGGCUGAGAGAGCUGCCAAACUUGCCAAGGAAAAGCAGGAAGCAAAUGAGCCCAGGAUUAAGGAGCUCACAGAUGAGGAAGCUGAGAGGCUGCAACUGGAAAUCGAGCAGAAGAAGGAGGUACAAGGACAAGUGAACAACAGCCCAGGGAAACCCUCAGAGGAUGGAGGGGAAUCUCCAGAUUCUAACCAACAGGAAACAGAUGAUGAAGAGGAAGAUGAGAAGGACAAAGGAAAACUUAGACCCAACUCUGGCAAUGGAGCUGACCUUCCAAAUUACAGAUGGACACAGACUCUUUCAGAACUGGAUCUGGCCAUCCCUUUCAAGGUGAACUUCAGGUUGAAGGGGAAGGACAUGGUGGUGGACAUCCAGAGACGGCGCCUCAAGGUUGGCCUGAAGGGCCACUCUCCUGUCAUUGAUGGGGAGCUUUUCAAUGAAGUGAAGGUGGAGGAGAGUUCCUGGCUGAUUGAGGAUGGGAAAACAGUCACUGUGCACCUGGAGAAGAUCAACAAGAUGGAAUGGUGGAACAAACUGGUCUCCACAGACCCAGAAAUCAACACCAAGAAAAUUAAUCCAGAGAACUCCAAGUUGUCAGACCUGGACAGUGAGACCCGUAGCAUGGUGGAGAAGAUGAUGUAUGAUCAGCGGCAAAAAUCCAUGGGCCUGCCCACCUCUGAUGAGCAGAAGAAGCAAGACAUCUUGAAAAAGUUCAUGGAGCAGCAUCCAGAAAUGGACUUUUCAAAGGCUAAAUUCAACUGAGCCCUCCCCUUUCCCCCCCUCUCCCAGCCAGCCCACGGGAUGGGGCAGGAUACCUGGUGCUGGAUAUGUUGGGGUCCCUUCCCUUGGGCCAGGAAACACUUCCAGCAUCCCCACCUGAGCUUGCUGCAGGAGCAGCUUCAUGGAGUCAUCCUCAGUUGUCCUGUGUGGAGCAGAGCAGAAGGCCAUGGAUUCAGCCUGGAUCAGGAACCACCUGCAACACUUCCCAAAGGGCAGUUGGGAGGGAAGGGGGGGUUAGCACAGGGUGUUGGGGCUCCAGGAGCCAGGCUGGAGGGGCCUUGGGACAUCCCUAAUGGAUCCCUUACCUUCAUCUCCUGGCUCUUCAGAGCUGCUCAUCCACUCUUUGCCAUUGCUGUUUGGCAGGAGGUACUCCUGAGUUUUUCACUCCCUUCCCUUUGGCUUUCCUGGGAAAACAAGGGCCAGUUUAUGUCAUUAAAAAAAUUCUCCUUUGGCCUCUUUGGGAGUCUUAAAAAAAAAACCCACUCAAACCAAACCAGCUGUUGCAGUGGAGAGAGACUCUGCUCCUGCUUUCUGCUGCUUCCAUUCAGGAACAGACUGAACCCUCAAGGGAAACCUCCCAUCCUGCAUGGAGAGGUUGCCCUGGAGAGCCUGGGCAAGGGAGAGGAUGUGGGAUGGGGUGGUUGUUUUUUUUUUGGGGUGGGGGGGAUGUUGUUGCUGGGAGUGUGUGUCCUUCCUGCCUCUUUCCCAAGGGCCUCUCUCCCUCUUGGUUCCUGGUGGCUCCACCUCUGCAUGGCCCCCCUGUGUGUGAAACCUGCAGCUCAACAUAAAGGCAAAAGAGUGGCACAA